AUACCAUUCUCGCAAAAAGUUUUGCUUCUCUAACGAUUGAAUUUCAUCCUGUGGAGUGGUGCAUCGUGCAUGAUGCGUAAUAUAUAGCCUUCUUAGCGCCCAGAAAUCAAUCGCCUCAUCAUGUCUGUAAACCUCACCCCUGAAGUCCCCGAAAACUGUCGAGCUCCCAAUCAUCCUAUCUUGAGGUUGGCGUUCAAAAUCUUGUGCAUUAUUGCAGUCUCCCAGAAGUCUCUCGACCAUUGGAACGAUACAAAGAACAAAGAAUGGAAGGAGCAUGUCUCAGUGAUGGUCAAUCGCUUCCAGAACUCAAACAUCACCGCCGGGCUCGUACUCGCAACUACUACUCUAUUCCUGUCGUCUGUGCCUCCUAUCGAGCAUUUGAUGGCUUAUAACUCUUCAAUCUCGUACCUCUUCGCCAUGAUUUCAUUUAGUGCUGCAUUGCUCAGCGUGAUAUCCGGAGCCGCUGUGCUUGUUAUCUAUGAGACUAGUACCAGUAAUAAAGACAUGGAGUCCCUCAAAGCCGGGCUGGUACUCGCAACUGCCGCUUUGCUCCUGGUGUCGAGCCCUCCUGUAACCAGCUUGAUGGCUUUUGACACUCCAGCCUCCUAUGUCUUCGCCAUCAUUGCAUUUAGUGCUGCAUUGCUCAGUGUAAUAUCAGGAGCUGCGGUCGUGGUCAUCUACGAAACUAGCACCACUCACAAAGACAUGAAAUAUCUCAAAGUCAUGCCACGACACCAAAUUAUCUGCUUGCUGUUGUGGUUGGCAUACCCCUCGAUUUGUCUGGCAGUCGCCGUCUGCUUUUUGUUUGCGUCUCUCUUCAUCGCCUGCUUCUGCUCUGGAAAUGUCCCUGUCCAAGUCAUAACCGCCCUGGGUUGUUCGGCCUUCCUUAUUAACGGAAUCCUUACGCUCUACGUUUUCAAUUUUGUGGGCAAACCGCCUGCCGAUAGUGGAAUGGAUUCUACAAGCAAAGUGGUAUGAUGAUUUGGUCUGGUGUAGAUAAGCAUUGCAGACUAGUGGACUCGCAACGGGACUUUUGCCAUUGGAAUUCCGAGUUUCUACUUCACAUUUAGUUUCAGUGUAUGCCAACUAUGGUCGGUGGUGUUAAAUAUACUGAGCUCGAAGAUAGGUGGGUAACUUAUCCUGCCAUUACGUGUGUGGUUUCGACACGUUUCGACUGGCAGUCGCUACAUGCUCCUGCUGAUGUGACUUACUGGAUUUCCCUCGACGCAGCUCUCCUUAUCGUCUGAGACUUCUAUUCUAGAGAUAUAAUAUAUUCUUAUUCAUGUCAUGUUGCCAC